UGUACACAGGGAAUUAUUCAAAGUUGAAUGAGAAAAUUAUUUUGAAGUUUCGUGAACAAGUGAAGACGUUAAAUGCUAUUACAUUCCCAACACUAAAACCCCUUACUCCAAGGACUGCAGAUUUGUACUAAAGACCGAUCAUCAAAAAGUUAGAGAGAGAAAGACAGAGAGAGAGAGGAUGAAGGGAGGGAAAAGGAGAAAAACCAGCAAGUCCAUAGAAAACCGACAUUUCCCUCUGCUACAUCAGCCAUCUGCAGCCGCAAGGACCGUCACUGGUGGCGGCGAUAUGGUCGGGGUGGUGAAAAAUCCAGAGGAAAGUGAAAGAUUUGAAGCUACUGAAGCUGCUUUUGAAGAAGAAGGGAAAAAGGAAGACUCCGAGCAGUUGGAGAACUCGAAGAUCGAAGAACUCGAAAUGGAGGCAGAGAGGCUGAAGCUAGCAGAUGGGUACUAUUUGAUUGAAGCUGUGCGCAGUAAACGCAUUCGGAAGGGCAAAGUGCACUAUCUGGUUAAAUGGCGAGGCUGGUCAGAGGCAGAAAACACAUGGGAGCCUCUUGAUAAUCUACUGCAAUGUUCAGAUAUUAUUGAUGCAUUUGAAGAAAGUUUGAAAGCAGAGAAAGGUCAGUCACCGCGUAAGAGAAAGCGCAAGAGCAGUCUAAGUUUCACCCGAACCAAGAAAAAACAUCGACAGAGAUCUCCUGUAGCUGCCACUUACAAUGUACCCUCACAAAGGGUUAGGAUUAAAGAAGGCCUUAAUGCUAAUGACAAUGGGAAGACUCAUGUUAGUGUUGUGAACAAUGUUGAAACAUCCAAGAAAGUAAAUAAAAAUGGUCGUAAGAUGGUUUGGAAAGGAAGAAAUAAAAAAAGUGAGUUGGGUUUGAAGCUUUGUGAACAGGGAGCAAUGGUAAUCAGUGAGGAUAAUGUGGACAGGCUUGCUGUGGCUUCCCAAGAAGGGCAAGUGACAACAGGAGAUGCCUUUGCAAAUGGAUUGCAGACAGCUGAUGUUGAAGAACCAGCUCUGUCCAGUCAAUGCAUUGGAGCUAAAAAGAGGAAAUCUGGUUCUGUCAAGAGGUUCAAGAAAGGUCCAGUAUCACAAAAUGCAAAUACAACGUGUACUCUGGCUGAACCAAGUGGUGUUCAAAGUCCUGAUUUUCUGGGGAACAAUAUGAGUGGCAAGAGUCAGCUUCAGGAUUCCGGAAAGCUGGGUACUACUAUUGCUCAGAUCAUAAAGCCUAUAAGCUAUCAAAUUUCUAUUUCAAACAAUGUUGAAGAGGUUUUAGUAGCCUUUGAUGCUGUGAGGCUUGAUGGUACUAAAGUGACGGUGGAUAACAAAUUUUUGAGAGCCAACAAUCCACUUCUGCUGAUAGACUUUUAUGAGAAAAAUCUUCGUUACUGUUCCUCGUGUUGAGCAUGCUAAUGAAUGGUGGACAGGAGAAGGAAGCCUUGUAGUUGAAGGACAUGUAUUCAUUUAAAUAGCAUCUUAAACACAGUUGUUUCUUGUAGUCGAAGGCUAAAUUAGUGGCGAUGUAGUCAGGUGUUUCACAGGGAGAAUGGCUUAUUUACCUGUUCACAAACUUAUUAGGAACAUUGCUUUUGUUUAAUGACAUGACUACUAAACCUAUUACUGGCUUUCAUUGCAAGUCCUUUUUUCGCUCUGCUUCA